AUGCAAUCUAAUUAUUGGUGGAAGAUCACCAAAAAAGAAUAAAUUCAAUUGGUAAUUUCAGGAUUGAUUGGAGCAAUAAUAUGUCUAUUAUCAAUAACAAUAGGGAAUUUCAUAUUAAUUGAGAUUCGAUUCAAUAUUUUAUUUUCAGCUGUAAUAUAUUUAAAUUAUGUAGGAAGUAUUUUGGAUUAACAUUUAUAUUAACAGGUGUUUAUAUUUUGUUGAAAACUAAAAUUUUAAUGAAUAAUACAAUUAAUACUUAAUGGACUUUAAAAUAAAAGUAUUUAGUAUGUUUUGCAAGUGUUAUUAUUGCAUCUGGACUUAUAUGUUUUUGUUUAUAUUUUGAUCAAGAAUGGUAAAGUACUCGAAUAGAAUAGGCAUAAAGGAUUGAAUUUUUAUACAAAGAUUCCUUUGUAUGUGAUUUUGGGAAUGUCUUUGAGUUCUACUAUAUGCUAUUUAACUAUUGAUUUAAUCAAUUUUUUUGUUGGAUUAACUCAAAAAGUAUAAUAAAGAACUAUUGUGGAAACUCCCAAUUAGAUUAUAUCAUUUAUCUUUAUAAGUUCAUUGAUUGGAUUUCUUUAAGGAUUAUUAUUUAGUUCUUUGGAUAUUGAAGUAUAUUCAUACACUUAUUUAUAUUAGGAUGUUGAAAAUAAAAAUAUUUCAUUUUACUUAAUUAUGUUUGAGGAAUUACUAUUAGUUCCUUUUAUUAUAGUAUUAGGUUGUAUUGGAGGAGUUUUUAAUGAAUAUCUAAGAUUAAAAGGUAGCCAUUUAUAAUCUUAUACAUUUGAACCAAUCAAUGAUCCAUUUACAGAUGAAAUUUGA